AAUGGAGAUAUCAAUGCCCCCACCUCAGAUAUAUGUAGAAAAAACUCUGGCUAUUAUCAAACCAGAUAUUGUUGACAAAGAGGAAGAGAUACAAGAUAUUAUUCUAAGAUCUGGAUUCACAAUUGUUCAGAGAAGAAAACUACAUCUUAGCCCUGAGCACUGUAGUAACUUUUAUGUGGAACAGUAUGGGAAAAUGUUUUUCCCAAAUUUAACAGCCUACAUGAGUUCUGGACCACUUGUUGCCAUGAUAUUAGCUAGACAUAAAGCCAUCACUUACUGGAAAGAACUUUUGGGACCAAGUAAUUCUUUAGUAGCUAAGGAGACACACCCAGACAGUCUAAGGGCAAUUUAUGGCACAGAUGACCUGAGGAAUGCACUUCAUGGGAGUAAUGACUUUACUGCAGCAGAAAGAGAAAUUCGUUUCAUGUUUCCUAAAGUGAUUGUUGAGCCCAUUCCAAUUGGACAAGCUGCUAAGGACUAUUUAAAUUUAUAUGUCACACCAACUCUGCUUAAAGGACUCACAGAGCUUUGUAAACAAAAACCAAGAGAUCCUUUUAUUUGGCUAGCUGAUUGGUUGCUGCAGAAUAAUCCCAACAAACCCAAAUUUGAUUAUCAUCAUAUAAUUGCAGAAGAGCCUCAAAAUCCUCCAAAGAACAAAUCAUGAACUAUCUUAUUGCAAAAGCUUCUGCUUCUGCUUUAAAAAACAAAAAUAAAAACAAAACAAAACAAAAAACUACCACCUUAUUCAUUGCUUAUUUCA